GAAAUGACGAUACCGUUACAGUUACCGUACGCCGGCGUAAUGAAAUGCGUCGUCCUAAACCGUCAGAUUCAGAUCAAUGAACUUCGCGUUUAUUUUAUUACAAAGUGUCGUAAAAUUGUCUCCAGUUUUCCUAAAAUUGACUUAACACGGUCGUAAUAAUAAAUUAAUCGCCGAUUUGUGAACUUGAUUGAUUAAAAUCGUAACGGAUCUGAACAAUUUGGCGUGGAUGCGCACGCGAACCUCGGCCAUAUUUGUGGAGGGAAUUUCAAAUGACAAUGGACGAAUUUCGAUUAGAAGACACCCCUAAUUCAAUAAUACACAAACAAUUAAUUAAUAUACCUUUGGGAAUAAACCUGAAUGACGAGUUUGAGACUUAUGAGGAAUUCGAUCAGUUACUAAAGGAAUCGGCCCAUCGGCAUUACUUACAGUUUUGGAAAAGAGACUGCCGAACAGUAGAAGGAGCAAAAAAGAAAACCGACAGAUACAUUAAUCCGAACAUUAAGUAUUAUCAACUGAAAUAUUCUUGCGUUCAAGGCGGACGAGUCUUUAGAAGAAAGAAUAAGUCUUUGGAAGAAUGCGAAGCCAACUUUUAUUUAACAGCAACUCCGGAUGGAGAGAAGCUUUUUGUUAAAUCGCUAAACAACUUCCACAAUCAUGAGGUGUCUGAGGAGUCGUACAUUAAAUAUUUUAAUGGCGAUAGAUACAAAAGAGUUAGGAAAAAAGAGAAAAUUGAACCAGGACUUGAAUAUCCAGCAACAUAUUCUGCACAAUCGGAAAGUGAAGAUACGAAUACCAAUUCCGACAAUACAAUGAUAACCAACCCUUUUCUUAUGGAUAACAAUCCGUCACUUGUAGAACAGCUGGAUCAUUACACAAAUACAAAUCAAUUUAGGGAGUCCGACGGAAUAGACGAAUUUUUAAAAUACAUCUCUUCGGAAAUCAGACAAAUACAAAGUCCUAAAGUUAUAAAGUGUCUCAAACGAAAAUUUAUAGCUUUAGUACAAGAAGCGCAAGAUGAAGACGAAUCGGUUUAAAAAUACUUUGUACAAAAUAAAACUUUUAUAAAAACAUA